GCGCUGCCAUCAGUCGGCGAGAGGUCGAAAGUCGGUGCACAUUAACUCAUAGAACAUUUGUUUUUGACACUUACCUGUUGUCACUGACAUGGUGUAGGCCAGUAAAGGUUACACAAGUAUCGCUGUGUGCAAAGUUCGACUUCCUAUCGCAAAUGCAACUAACUUCAAUUUUGCUGAAACUUCGUGGCGGAGUCGCCCCGGGACGAAUAUGGGGAGGGAAACAUCGAAAGUUCAGACCUAUUACGGAAGGGAUGCGGAAUAGAGCUGUAAAGAGACUUCUAGACGAAAUCGAGAAUAUGAAGAUAUUAACGCUAGCACCCCACAUUAGCGAGGAUGAAGAGCAAGUCAUUUUAAGGAAUAAGCGUCGGGAGUCUAUAGUAGAAGCCAAGCACACGCAGAAGAGAAAGAUGCCGGAACACAAGCGUCUAGAGGACCACCUUGCCGGAUUCUCUGCGAAUCGAGCUUGGGAGUAGCUGCCGUAGGUCGGCAGUGGCGGCUGCCGUAGGUCGGCAGUGGCGAAACCCGCAAUGAUGUUCAACUCAGCGCCUAUAGCAUUUAUCUUGUCAUAGCCAGUGUCGAAAUGUUUAUAAUAAACUUUGAUGAUGUAUUCACGAUGGA